GAUUUGUCACGAAGUUGCAUCUAUAAGACUUUGAUUAUAAAUGAAUAUGAUUAUAAACGAUCUGUUAGGCUUAGAUUUGUGUUCCUCGAAAAAGUGUUGAGUAGCCUAGAUGACAGGAUUCACGGUGUUAUGACUAUUUAAACAGCUAGUACAACAUGGCACACAACUCGAGCGAAAAUGGCCAGAUAAAGCGAGCCUGGCAGGAAGUCCACCGUGAGCUCCCCAUCAACGACGAUAAAGAGUACUUGAAGGUAAAGCUUCAUAUCAAAGACGGCGCUGGCGAUUACACGUACACGGGCGCCUCCUUUUACUCACCGAGCCACGAAUCAUUUAGUAUGGAUGACAUCAUCACAGUGAACGAGAGAUUCGCUUCCUGCGUGUCUCUGUUGACAAACUCGAUCGUUAUCCUGGUCUUCCUUCGAGUGCUUUGUCUGAAGCGCUUGACCAGCCAACUUCUGGUCAGUCUGGCCCUCAGCGACAUCGUGGUCACUGUGACUCACAUGGUGCACUCGUUCAAAGUGGCCACUUUCAUGGCUGAACAAUCAGUUGACGCCUGCAAGAUGACGUAUUCUGUGGCCAUGAGCUCGUGGAUCCUCGUCUGGACCAACCUGAGCUUUGCGGUCUGUGAGAGGCUGAUCGCCAUCAACAUGCCGAACUACUACUCGGUCACGCACAGCCUUAUAUCCGGCAUUUGUAACAUCUCACCCUGGGUUUACUACGUCCUUUUGAUACUCCUUAGCUGGAUGGGUAUUUUUGAGCACUAUAUAGAUUUUGGCUGCUCCAACCACCUGAUGUACACGCCCUUGGAGCCGACUAAGAUGGUCAUUCAGCUGCUGACCUUUAGCGUCCUCGUCAUCAUGCUGAUAGUGCUGAUCAUGUCUCGGCUCCUUCACCCGGUGUACGCUGAUGACGCUCUGGAGGUCAACCGGAUCAACCUGGAAAUGAAGACAACUUUCGUCGUAUUAAAGAUCGCCGUGAUUAAUGUCCUCCUCUUCUCCCCACUCAUUCUCUACUCCACCGUGGCCUACUACAACAGCUCAGAGACCAUCAGCGAGCUGAAGAUCAAGCUCGUCUUCUACCAGCUGGCCGUCCACGCCAACAGCAUCCCGUUCUUCGUCAUGCUGCGCAGGAAAGAGUUCCGAAAAGCCGUGGCCAUGAUCUUCGCCAGCACCGCCUCCAUCCGCAAGGCGCGCCCGAUGAACCUACUCCUGGAGGUCACAGAAGCAAGGCGGAAGAAAUCCUCGGACGUGGAUGCCGACCCAAGCACGUUCCAGGGCAUCGGCAAAGUGACGGCUAGAGAGGAUUUUAAAAAGAUAAUUUCGUCUUCACCGUCAAUCAAACAGUAAUGACGUUAUAACACUAGGAGCCAGCAGCAACGACAAGCGUUACUUUAGAAGAUGUAAACUUGAACCAUUAAAUACAAUCGUUCUUACAAGAUGUGGAUGACACUAAAGAUUUGGCCCACAAUGUGCAUGUACGUUAAAUUUUUGGCGCUAUUUCUUAACCAUGUUAACAUGUGGAGACUAUGCGUGUAGAGAUUCGGGAAAAUUGUAAGCGGAUAAACACCACAGCGAAUUUUAACUCAGCAAUGUUUAUUUUCUUAAUUACUCAUGUACAGCUCAUUUUCGGAGAUUUAACAAGCGUAGUGCGCUUUGAUCGAAUCUCUUUUGUAGACCUAUGGGAGGAAUCUGGAAGAAGGUUUCCGUGCUGCUAGAGACGAAAUUCGAAUCGAUAGGUGGCCAAUCAGCUAAUAGCACUUAGCCAAACAUUCCAAAAUUUGAGAUUUGGGUAUUUUGUCCUACGCUCCCAUAUAUUUCCUGCGCUAUUGACAUAGUACGUGCAGUCCUCUGCCUUCAAGACUGACGGCUUAGUUUCUUCUUCAAUGACAAUUGCUAUUUCAGUAUUUUGCUACUUUGUCUGCAAAUUUUACGGUUCAUUUUUAGCGGCCCACGAAAGGGGAAAAGAGGCUAUUAGUUUUGUGCGAAAUGUCUGUCCGUCUGUCCGUCCGUCACGUUUAGAUCUCGUAAACUACAAAAGAUAUUGAAAACCGACAUCACAAUAUUUUAGACCAUGCAACGGCUACUUUUUUUUUCUGAAAGCGAAAAAUCAAAUUUUUAAAAUUAGUUAUGCAAGCAGUUUUUUAACGAGAAAAAGCUAAUAAGUAUGCAUUUAUAAGUUAGACCUAAUUUAGAACGAAUAGUAAUCUUGUAAAUAGCAUUUUCCUAACUUUUUUUUUUUUUGGGGGCAAUUUUUUUGAGGAUUCAAAUAAGAGAUUGAGCCUUUUCAAAAACAAUUUGAUCAAUUAUAAGACAUUAGUUAGGCCAAUGGAGGCGCGGUGGCUGAGCGGUAAAGGGCUUGGCUUCCGAACCGGGGGUCCAGGGUUCGAAUCCUGGUGAGGACUGGGAUUUUCAACUUUGGAAUCUUUGGGCACCUCAGCUCUAAUGGGAACCUGACAUUAUUUGGGGAAAAGUAAAGGCGGUUGGUCGUUGUUCUGGCUACAUGACACCCUCGUUAACCGUAUGCCACAAAAAACAGAUGGAAUUUACAUCAUCUGCCCUAUAGACCACAAGGUCUGAAAGGGGAACUAGUUAGGCCAGGUUCACACAAUUUACAUUCACUUUCACCUAUCCUUUGAUUUGCGGGACCGUUGAGGCAUUACACAAGAUCCGUUAACCUUCUUUCUCCAUUCCUAUCUCUCAUUUGUCUUUGAUAUAAUUUCAUUCGGAUGUUCUUUCUGAAAAUAUUGAAGCCUGCCUGGGUGGACCACUUCGGGGGCCGAUUUUGAGUUUGUGUUUCCACACAAACUGUCUUUUGUAACCUUGCUUAAAUAAUAUUUUUAUCUAGCUAUUGUUUGCUUACCUUGUACUAGUUGAAGAGAGAUGCAAGACAUGUAACAGUGAGAGAAGUGAAGCGAGGGUUAAACUGGUCUUGCUGAUCUUUUGGUUUUGUUUGGCCCUAAAAUGCUUGAUUUAAAAAAAAUGGAAACAAAGCUCUAUGAAUUUGCAAUAAACAAUCAUUUAUAUUUGGGGACAACGAAUGUAAAGAGGAUUGAUAGCUCAGAUGUAAGAUCAAUGUAGUUAUGAAACGUGUCCAGUCUUUUAAAAGAACAAUUUGCAUUUUGUAUAAACCAAACACUUUUGUCUUAAUGAAUUUAGAAGAAAUGUAUUUCAUUUUUAAAUGUAAUAGAAAAUAUAAUUUAUAAUUUCUUAAAAUAAAAAAUACAAGAAAAUUCA